UUCUUUCACGAGCUGUACAUGUUUCACUCAUAUAGAUUGUCUUUUUGUCACUGUCUUUUUCAUCACCUGUAUCUAUAAAUUCACACUCUAGUUUCAUUCUCUCAUCACAACUCAUCACAAAACAAUUCUCUCAUCAAAACUCUUGUUUCAUUUUCUAUUCAUUCUCUCAUCACAACUCAAACUAUUUUUUUUUAAAGAUUCCAAAAAAAUGGAUGAGUCUUUCGAUCGAGCUUUUGAUCAGUAUUAUGAUUACCAUUUCGAUGCAGCAUUUGAGAGUUUGAACAAUCAAAGAGGUGGUCAAGAAGAAGAAGAAGAAGAAGAACAACAAGAAGUGGUAAAAAAACAAAGAAAAAAAAGAGUAGUUAUCGAACGAAAUCGCGAAGAAGGCCAUCAACGGUUAUGGAACGAUUAUUUCAGUGACACUCCUACAUAUCAGGAAAAUCAAUUUCGAAGAAGAUUUAGAAUGAACAAGUCAUUGUUCAUGCGUAUUGUUGACCGCCUCUCCAAUGAAGUUCCAUACUUUCGUCAAACACAAGACGUUACCGGAAGAAGUGGUCUCUCUACACUUCAGAAGUGUACAGCCGCAAUUCGUGUCUUGGCAUAUGGUUCUGCCUUCGAUGCGGUCGACGAAUACAUCCGGCUCGCUGCAAGCACGGCUCGGUUAUGUGUGGAAAAUUUUGUGGAAGCAAUAAUAGAUUUGUUCGGCGAUCAGUACCUAAGGAGACCAACGCAAGAUGAUCUUCAGCGUCUACUUCAUCUUGGAGAGGUUCGUGGAUUUCCCGGUAUGAUAGGAAGCAUCGAUUGUAUGCAUUGGGAGUGGAAGAAUUGUCCCACCAGUUGGAAAGGACAAUUUUCUCGUGGUUCGGAAAAACCCACAAUCGUUUUAGAGGCGGUUGCUGAUUAUGAUCUCUGGAUAUGGCAUGCGUUCUUUGGACUUCCAGGUACACUAAAUGAUAUCAAUAUUCUUGAUCGCUCACCUGUUUUCGAUGACAUCAUACAUGGCCAAGCUCCACAAGUGAAUUUCUUGGUGAACGGAAACCCUUAUUCAAUGGCUUACUAUCUCACCGAUGGUAUUUAUCCUAAAUGGGCAACUUUUAUCCAAUCUAUACCACUUCCACAAGGACGAAAAGCAGUUUUAUUUGCUAAAACUCAAGAAGCUGUCCGAAAAGAUGUCGAGCGUGCUUUCGGAGUCUUGCAAGCACGAUUUGCCAUUGUCAAAAAUCCAGCACGUUGUUGGGACAUACUCAAGAUUGGGAAGAUUAUGAGAGCAUGUAUCAUACUCCAUAAUAUGAUAGUGGAAAACGAACGAGUUGAUCGCACUCAAUACGACACUUCGGGUUUCCAACCGGGAGAAGACGGCGAAAGUUCAAGUGCCGAUCAGACCUUUUUCAUAGAUACCCCUCCAAGUAUCUCCAAUCAAGAUAGUGUUAUAAUAAGUAUGCGUGAUAAACCAGCGCAUCAACGACUGAAACGUGAUUUGGUUGAACAUAUAUGGCGUAGAUUUGGACGUGAUCAACGCAACAACUAA